AACUUUGUUUUGUUUUGCAUGCUCAAAAAUGGCACAACCUCAAAUCCAAGUCCACUCAUCAGCAACACAUUAUGAAACCGGUUCCUACCAGCCAUCACCACAACAACAACACCUUCGCAAAGAAAUUUACAAAGGUGUUAACUAUCCCAACCGUCAUCAUUUUAAUGAUGACCGUGUUGAUGAUUUCUCUUCUUUUAACUUUUUUGAAAGAGGUCCUUCUGUCUCUCAAAUCCUCGCCACACUCGGAGGAAUUUUCGUUGGUGGGACGCUGCUUUUGUUAGCCAGCGUCUCAUUUUUCUUCAGUCUGGUUGGAUUGGCGAUAGUGACACCACUUUUCAUCCUUUUUAGUCCGAUUAUAGUCCCUGCUGUCCUCACCAUAGGACUUGCGGUGGCUGCGGUGUUGACCGCCGAUGCUUGCGGGCUGACGGGGCUUAUAUCGUUGUCAUGGGUGGCGAGGUACAUUAAGGUUGUACAAGAGACGGUGCCGGAGCAGGUGUAUUCCGUUAAGGGACGUUUGGCUGACGUGGCGGAUUAUGUUGGACAAAAAACUAAGGAUGUUGGAGAGAAGACUAAGGAGGUUGGACAAGACAUACAGAAUAAGGCACAUGAAACUAAGAGAUCAGCAUAAACUAAUCAUGCAACAUAAGGGAAAAUUAUAAUUACUUAGCUAAGUUUAAAUAAAUAAAUCAAGUAUGUACUUUGGUGACUGUAUUUUAUUAUAUUAGUGUGUGUGGGCUGGUUUCCUAGGUUUGUGUUCUUGUUGUUUUAUUACUUGUGUUGUAUUUUAUACUAUAUAUGAUGUGUUUAUUUUAUUGUUGGUGUA